AUGGGCUGUAAUAUAAGCUAUUGCCGAAAAUCCGAUAACUCUUGUAAGUCAAAAAUCGGCUCAGGAUUUAUCCAGUUUUAUCGAACCGGUAUCCUUAAAAUUGACACCUUCUACACAACUUGCGAAUCUUUGACAUCUCAAGCAUUUGCAAAUAUGCGCUCCUUUAAACACAACAAAAAACAGUUUUACCAGCAGCUGAACUUCGGCUCUCAGUGCGAAGAAAUCUACCCUGGAAUUCCAUUCAAAAUGCUAAUUGCCACUUUAAAGGCUGAUGGUGAAGAAAUCAAUUUUAUUUCAGAAUACCCGUAUUUAGAGUAUAAUGGAGAUAGCCCUCUCUUUAUGUCUUAUAGAAGUUACACAGAAAGUUUGCUAUUGUGCAAAGAAGUAUUAGAAAAUGUAAGACCUAAAUUAAUCGAAAAUUUGGGUAUUGCAAUAAAUAUUACUUUUUCAAUUGUUCAGAUUGCUGAAAAAGAAGAAUUAAAUUUAGAAAAAAAAUUAUUGGCUUCAAUGACCUCGCAGCAAAAUUUGCAAAGAUUGAGAGAGGCUGAAAUGAAAAUAAAAAGAUACUUUUAUAGAACUCAAUCUGAAUUAAGAGCAUUAGAGGACAGCAAAGAGGAAUGUGAAGUAAAGAUGCCUCAGCUGGAAGAAAUCGCAGAUUUUAAUAUGGAUCUUACACUUCAAUCUCGUAUCAAUAUUGCUGGAGAUAAUAUAUAA